GGUAAUAUAACCCCAGUUAAGCUUCACAAAAAUAAUCAACCGUUAUGUGCUGCUUUGUAAAGGCAGAGUGUCCUGCAGUUGCUCCAGCUGUCCGGUGGAUGUCGCGUUAACUCCUGGGAAUCCCACUUCCAACCUUUUGCUUGGAAGAGACACGCCGACACCACAUUCAAAAUGGCCUCUACCAGCGACUUCGCUGGACGUGGAUCAAAAUGUGCAUAAACAACACCGAGCCGUGGCUUUACUCUCCAUCCUCAACGCUACAGGUUUCGGAGGCGCGAUGUCAUGAAUGUAUUGGACUGGCAGAAUCGGCGGGGUACAUAAGAUGAGAGCUUGUUUUGCAGACAGCCCAGCCGAACCGGGGCGCCGCCGCUGCAGCAGGGCUUCAUCUGCCUUUCUGAACCGCGGACACCUCCAGUGAGAUGGAAGGAGUUGAGGAUGCUGCUGAUGAGCCGGGACUCGCACCGUCCAUCGAUGUCAACGACAACCGGGAGGAGUACAAAGCACGCGUUUGCGGUUCAGACACCGAAAGCGCACGGGAGGGUUCUGUUUACAGUUCGGUUUAUGCGAAUCCGGGCGGUGCUGGACUGCCGUCUCUCUCCCCGCUGGUGGUGGGGUGCAGGGCCGGAGUAUUAAACGGGUUUCCCGGGAAGCUGGAGGUGGGUAUGGUGUGUCCGGAUGGAGGAGGAGGAGAGGGGGGAACCCGGACCGGCCCGAAUCGGGUUACAGGGACGUCCGAAGCCGAGAGCUUGAAUAAACCCGACAAAGGCUAUUUCAAUUCACAACUGAGGUCUGCAGUGUCAAUUACGGGUAAGAACUCGCCGGAUAUGAAGAUGCCUAAUGGAGAUGUUACCCAUGAGCACAUUGAUCAUGAUCAGACUCAUUUAAGGUGUUUGAGUUAUGCAGAAGGAUUCAACAGGAAGGUGCCUGCUUUGGACAGAGGUGUGAAAGUGGGCAAUGGGGGGUUGUUGAUCGUGAACAGUUAUGAAACCCUGUCUCAAGUCCCCUUCAGAGCCUUGGGUGGCCUUCCUGCUCCAGAAAGCCGUGUCUUUGUUCAUCAAAGCGACGGUGUCCUCUCCAUGGGGAGGUCAUGUGAAAGGAUCAGUCGUGCCAGUGCUGAGAGCUCAGAGGAGGCCCGGCCCUGUGACCCGGAUCCCGCAGACACCCUGUCAGACCUCAGUGCCAAGCUGUCCUUGUCUCCCCUGGCAGAAAACACCAGUGAUUACACAGAGACGGACCCGAGCCCGGAGGAGGAUUUCAGCGACACGGGCCCUCCGCCUCUCAGGCCCCAGAACCUCCGGACUAACCCCGGUCACACAGUCUCCCUCAGCUGUGAUGCCACUCCUCUGACCCCCGGGGAUGAUGGGUAUUUUGGAGCAGAGGGCUGUGUGGAUGAAUGUCUCAGCUCUGUGAAAGCAUUCGAGGGGGGCCGGCGGCAGAGUGCUCCAGACAGGGUCGCAACUGACACUGAUGCCUCAUCUGACCAGACACUUGGCACUAAGAGACACGGUAUUGCUGAGUUUCUGACCAGGAGUUUGUUUUCCUGGAAGCCCAAAGAGUCCAGGGCAUCAGCAUCCCACAGUGCUCCAGGAUGGAAGCUGUUUGGGAAAAUUCCACUGCGGGACAUCCCUCCAAAAGACUCUAAAACCAUACAACAGGAGUAUGAGUCCAGGGUGGGAUCCGCCACAGAACCACCCCCUCACCCUCAGCCAACGAGACGCAAGAAUCUGGAGUUUGAGCCUUUAUCCACCACUGCUCUCAUUCUGGAAGACAGACCUGCGUACCUGCCUGCUAAAUCAGAAGAGGAAUCUCAGAGACACCGGCAGGAAUACAGUGAGAUGGUUGCAGGGGCCAAGAGAAGGGAGAUGAAAGAGGCACAGAAGAAAAAACGUCAAAUGAAGGAGCGAUACCGACAGGAGGAGAACAUCGCCAAUGCCAUGGUGAUCUGGAACUCUGAAGUCCUGCCUAAUUGGGAAAGCAUGCGUAACACACGGCGUGUACGAGAACUUUGGUGGCAGGGUGUCCCGCCCAGCGUCCGCGGGAAGGUCUGGAGCCUCGCCAUCGGGAAUGAGCUUAACAUCACCCCAGAACUCUUUGAGAUCUUCCUGUCCAGAGCCAAAGAGAAGUGGAGGAGCUUCAGUGAGACGAGUUCGGUCAAUGAAAGUGAAGAUUGUGGAGUGUCGCUGGCAGACAGAGAGUCGAGUCUGGAUUUAAUCAAGCUGGAUAUUUCCAGAACUUUCCCCUCUCUCUACAUAUUCCAGAAGGGAGGACCUUAUCAUGAUAUAUUGCACAGUGUAUUGGGGGCGUACACCUGUUACAGACCUGAUGUAGGCUAUGUUCAGGGGAUGUCGUUCAUUGCUGCUGUUCUAAUUCUGAAUUUGGAGGAAGCCGAUGCCUUCAUUGCCUUUGCCAACCUCCUUAACAAACCAUGCCAGAUGGCCUUCUUCAGAGUGGACCAUGACCUGAUGCUGAAGUAUUUUGCAGCGUUUGAGGUGUUUUUUGAGGAGAACCUUCCCAAACUAUUCCAGCACUUUCAGAACAAUAGCUUGACGCCUGACUUUUACCUCAUAGACUGGAUCUUCACUCUGUACAGCAAGUCAUUACCGCUGGACGUGGCAUGUCGUGUUUGGGAUGUGUUUUGCCGAGAUGGAGAGGAGGCGUUAUUCCGGACAGGACUGGGAAUUCUUAGGCUGUACCAGGAUGUUCUACUGCAGAUGGAUUUCAUCCAUAGUGCACAGUUCCUUUCCCGGCUGCCUGAAAGCACUCCUGCACACGCACUCUUCUCCUGCAUCGCAAACACGCAGAUGAUCAGUAACAACCGUCGGUGGAACCAGGUCUUUUCUGCUCUGAUCAAAGAUGGACUCAAAGAAACUGACAAAAGCAGCAGCAGCAGCAACAGUCCUGCCUUAAGAAGUUAACAGCUGACUCUGUCCCAGAGGAAGUGAUGGCAGUCAUCACUCAGCACUUUGACCUCUGCAGUGUGCCUGAGGGACAGCUCAGGAUCAUCCCUGAUGUGCUGAUUGUCCUGUUUGAAGAAUCUCCUAAUGAACCUGUGUCCUGUGGAAGGGACAUUUCUUCACUUGCGCUCGCGAGCGUGUUUAUGCGUGUGUUUGUGUAAGAGAAUAAGAGAAAUGUGAGUCAGGUGACUGUAUAAUGUGCCAACUUUGUCAAUGUUACUUCUGUAAUGUGACUAGAAGAAAACAAAUUAUGGUAAUCAUAAUCAUUUACACACACACACAUAUUCAGAGGUCAGUGCCACAUUAUUUGAACACUCCUUUGGUUGAUGUGAACCAGCGGUAGGCCCUCCGUUACACACUCAACCUGCAGUAGCCUUUCAUUAGCACAUACCAAAUCUGUCGUUAAUGUGUUUAAGCUGUUUUUCUCCGUUUAUCUGAAUUCAGCCUGUUUGCUAACACAUACAUCACUGACAGCAGGCAUAGAGCCAUUGAACUGUGACCAUCCUCAGUGUGUCUCAAAAACAAACAGACCUAGAGCCAAAAUUCAUAAAAGAGCAUAUAAAGAUUUCUAUAAACAGGUGCUGUCUGGUAUUGCAUGCUUUGCUAUAAUUGGCUAUAUUCAUUUAAAUAAAAGGUUUGAACACACUUAUGUAACAUGUACACACACUAACCAACCAGCGGCAAACAAGAGAUCAGCUUUUAGCUUUUGCACCUUCUACUACACUCCAAAUGAAUGAACCUUGACAUUUCCAGAUGUUUUUUUUUUUUUUUGUUAUUUAAUGUCGGUUUUUUUUUAAUUUAAGGAUAGUUUCUCUUGCUUUUUCUCCUUUUUUUUUUAUUUUUUUUAAAUCUUCCUCACUGUUGUACAGUUUUCUUAUGUGACAGUUGUUAAUGUACGUUUCUGGUGUGAGGGCUCUAGUGUAGAUGUGGGAAAAUCCCAGUAUUGGAGACCUGCUGUCUUCCUGUCUUUUUUUUUUAACAAUAUCUUGUAAAAUGUAAUGUUGCUUAGAAGUUUAUUAGAAGGUGCAAACCAGACCUGGGGUCAGUAUGUCUUUGAAGAGUGCCAUUUGCAGAUCAUUGGAAAAUGUAUUUUAAAGUUUGCUGCUUGAUGAGAGGUUUAUGGUCCACUGUGCUACAAAAUCAUUGUUUUAAACAUUAAAUAUAAUGAAAUCCUGCUAAAGAACAAAAUUAUCUUGCUAGAUUUGUACAGUAUUAGUAUCUUUUCACACAAGGCAUUUUUUUUCACUGUACUGCUUUCCCAUCAUUUUUCAGUGUAAACUUGCACUUAACAUAUGUCUUUUCAUGUCUAGCAUCUUUUGCAAAAUAUGCUAGCAUUUUUAAAGAGUUGAAAAUGAAUUGAUUGGAUUACAUCACUGGCUCACCAAUGGAUCCUCUGCAGUGAAUGGGUGCCGUCAA